CUGUCAUGGAGACAAUAUCCUGAAAAAGUAACCAACCUAAUCCAUGUAUCCUUUAAUGCAUAUCAGCAUGUGAAGGUUUAUUUCUUUGUAUAUAUAAAUCUAAAUCUUCUUCAGGUUUCAAGUCCUCAUGGUUGUAUCAAGGACAUGCGUUUUCGUGCUUUGUUUCUGAAACUUUCAUUUACAUUUAGUUGGGAAACUUGUUGUUAAUUUUGCCUCCUUCUUUUGUUUCUGCACUUCUCCAAAGAAUUUUGAUGAUGUCAAAAAUGGCUCAAGCUGAUCUAAAAGGAAUGUUUCAAGCUCCGGGUUUUGUUGAGAAGAAGGAUAAGCAUGACGAGAAACAUGGAGAUCAUUGCUGGAUGAACGUGGAAGAUGAUGAUGAUGAUGAUGAUGAUGAUGUUAUUACUACAACUUCUGAAUCAUCCCUGGGAGAAUAUUCAAGAACUUCUCAGGGAUCAACUUCUUGUUCAUCAGACUUGGUAGAUGAUGCAUCUUCAUCAACUUCAAAUUCUUCCACCAUUUGUAAUGGACCUUUAUAUGAAAUGUCAGAGCUCAUGGCCCAACUUCCCAUCAAGAGAGGACUUUCCAAGUACUUUCAAGGCAAGUCCCAGUCAUUUACAUCCCUCUCAAGCGUAAAAAGCCUAGAAGACCUUGCAAAGAAAGAAACUCCUUACAGAAAGAAAAUGAAGGCAUGUAAAAGCUAUGGGGGUGGCUUGGAUACGCAUAAAUUUUACCCUCUUCCCAGGGCCACCAUAUCAAAGAAAGUCUCGAGAAAUUCCCUGUCCUUAUCUUUUCCAGGAAGAAGAAGCAGUUUUUUAAGCGGCAGGCCUCCUCCAAUUCCUGUACAAAAGAACUUUUCAUCUGUAUAGGCCUUUAUCAAGUUGCAUGAUUCAUUGCAACACGGAAUUUUUUUUUCCCCUCCUUGUAGAUAUUAUAAAGAAUUUGCGCACAUGGUUUGCUCAUUAUCAAAUCUAUGGUCAAAACUUUAUUAUUUUUUUUAAUGGAAAGUUAAAAGGCCAAAUUUUAAUUAA